AUGGACACCAAGGCGUACUUUCAGGAACAGGAAAGACGCUACAACAAGCUCAUGGCUGCCUUCAAGAAGAACGGCCAGAUUCGUGAUGCGCUCAGCAAGGUUUUGAACACAGAGAUCGUCAAGCUCCGCAAGCGCAUCAAGGCCUCUAAUACGCGCGCCGACGCUCGCGAUGCAGAGAUGGCAAUCCUUUUGAGAGAUGCAAAGGACUUGCGCGAGAGAUGGGCAGCGCUCGAGCACGGGCGCGAUCUCGACGAGCUCGGCGACUUUGCCGUUCGAUACUGCGAGUUUAAGAUCGCCUUGCAGCCACGUGCGUCGACGACGAGUGUGGGAAAGAAACACAAGUCGAAGAAGAGCAAGAAGUCGUCGAAGCACGCCAACGGUCACUCUCUGGUCCCUACUGUGCGUCCAAGCAACGAAUGGGUCUUCCGUCCCUACCGCUACACGAAGCUCUGCGAGAUCAUCGCCAAGCUGACACCAGAUGAUUUUCCAGAUCAACCCGACGCCAAGCUCGUCUUUCAAGCAGGGCUGGAGGAGUUUGAGCGGCUUGCCACCGAAGCUCAGAAGCGAUUCUCGCUGCUUUGA